AGUGUUUAGAAUGUCAUGGAGACAAAGGCAGUGUCUUUACUCUGCAGUUUAAUUUGGAUUAAAACCCUUCCAUGGAAACAUCUCUUUUCAGUACAUGUCUGUCUGAGUCACUUCACACAGCACGAGUGCAGUAUAGCUCGUGUUCAGCUCCAUAAACACAUGAUGAUGAACACCGAGAACCGGGAGCUGGUUUACCUCCUGACAGGAGGAUGUGGGUUUCUGGGGCAGCAUCUGCUGAAGGUUCUGCUGGAGAAAGAGGAGAAGGUGAAGGAGAUCCGGCUGUUCGAUAAACACAUUGAUUCCAGUCUGGAGGACUGCAGCACAGGGAGGGUGAAGGUGGUGGUCAUUCAGGGUGAUAUUAUGGAUUACAGCAGUGUUUUGGAGGCGUGUCAUGGAGCUGAUCUGGUGAUUCAUUCUGCCAGUCUGGUGGACGUGUGGUACAGAAUCCCAGAAGAAAUCAUUUACAACGUCAACGUUGGAGGAACAGAAAAUGUGAUUAAGGUGUGUCAGGAGCUCGGGAUCCAGCACCUGCUCUACACCAGCAGCAUGGAGGUGAUCGGACCCAAUGUGAAGGGAGACGUUUUCAUCAGGGGAGAUGAGGACACGCCGUAUAACGUGUGUCAUGACAUGCCAUAUCCCAGGAGUAAAGCCCAGGCAGAGAAACUGGUUCUGGAAGCCAAUGGAACAAAGGUAGCCGGCGGUGCCACUCUGUACACGUGUGCUCUGCGUCCCACGGGGAUUUACGGUGAAAACCACCUGCUGAUGAAGGAGUUCUACAUGAAUGGGGUUCGCACCGGCGGCUGGCUCAUUAAUGGAGUUCCACAAAACACCGAGCACGGGCGUGUGUACGCAGGAAACGUGGCCUGGAUGCACGUGUUAGCAGCGCGGGCUUUACGUGAGCGUCCCGAGCGACUCGGAGGUGAAGUGUACUUCUGCUAUGAUGAUUCUCCCUACAAGAGUUAUGAGGAUUUCAACAUGCAGUUCCUGUCUGUGUUUAACUUCCGUUCUCUGCGCGUGCCUCUCUGGGCACUCUGGAUGUUGGCCUGCUUCAACGAGCUGCUGCGCUGGUUGCUGAAGCCCUUCUGCAACUUCACACCCAUGCUGAACCGCUACACGGUCGCCAUCGCCUGCACCUCGUUCACCGUGCGCUCAGACAAGGCGCUGCGCCACUUCGAUUAUCGCCCGCUCUACGACUGGCCGCAGUGCCUAGCACGCACACAGGAGUGGGUCAACACGUUCCCCCUGGACACCAGCUGCAAGGACGCGUGACCACCGAGAGCAUCCGGAGACACCAGGAGACAGGGUUAUCAUCUGAUAUCAUCAUCAUCACCAUCAUCACCAUCAUCAUCAUCAUCAUCAUCAACAUCAUUCUAUACACACACACACACACACACACACCAAGAGCAUCCGGAGACAUCAGGACCUGUUAUCACCUGAUAUCAUCAUCAUCAUUCUGUACACACACACACACACACACCAGAGACUAAUGAAACAGGAAGGGAAUCACAUCUCAGUGUCAUACAUCUGUUUAAAAUAUUUACCGUGUUUAUUAUAUUCACUGUAAAUCACAAUGUGGACACGCCCACUGUGGACACGCCCACUUUUAAUCUUCAACAAGAGAUGACAGAUUAUAAUAGAAUUAUAACCAAAUUAUUCCUGAUUCUGAUUAUCGGUGCAGGUUUCUCGCUCUAACCAGCAGGAUGUGUAACUGUGCAGUGACUGAUGCAGUCAGACGCCACAGUCUAUACGUUAGCACUGUUAGCAUUAGCUUUGCUACCGUAGGUGAGAAGGGAAGUGAGAAAAAGGAUGUGCAGGAAGAGGAGGUGGAGUCCAAGUGGUGGAUUAGGAUUGGAGUUUCAGGAUCUGGAUUGUGAUUGGUCAGAAGAUGAUGAUCGUUGUGAACCUGAUGAUGGAGUGGACAUGUUCUCCUGAACACCUGAAGAAGGAAAGAAACUCAGCCAGACAACAAAGAAGCUAUUUUUUUAUUACUCUAGAUAUAUUUAAUUAUUAAUAUUUAAUUAUUCAUAUUUAAUUAUUCAUAUUUACUAAUGAAUUUAGGAGAAUUAAAAUUUAAGGAGUCUUAGUCCAUAUUAUCAGUUUUGUCAGUUGAUUGACGUGACAAAAAAGAUCAAUGUAAUUUAUAAAAUAUUUAUUAUUAAUGGUUCUUGCAAAGCAACAUUAUUAUUAUUGUGCCGGACAAAACUUCGGUGCAUAACUUGUCCCGCAGCUUUUGUCCUAGACCCAUGAAUGAGGUGUCAAAUCGACCGGCUCAUUGAGGAGAGGUGUGCUAUUACUUUUCUAAGCGAUCCGAGUACCGGUACUUCCGGUACCGGGUCUCAAAUUGGCCUUUUUUCCCAUAGACUCCCAACUCGGCAAGCUUUUGAACUAUCUACACCAAACUCGCCAGCUCCAUUAGGGUGAUACUCUGAACAAACUUUUAAAUUGGUGUACCGACUGGACUUCCUGUUGUGCCGCAGCCCCGCCCCCAAAAUAUGUAAAAUCAAAAAACUUUUUACAACAUGGACAUGUGACAUAUCAAAAUACUCAGCACAAUGAGGGGAACUUCCUCACAGGUAUUCUGAUGACGUCACGUGACGUCACGUGAAAAUAAAAAAUUAGCACAACAUGGACAAGUGACAUAUCAAAACACAGCACAAAGAGGAAAACUUCCUCAAGAGUAUUCAGAUGACGUCACAUGCUCGUCUCGACUAGCCUCCAGGAUUUGCCACGUGCAAGAACCAUUCAUAUUUUCUUCAGGAAAUGUACGUUCUAGUUACUCUUUAGUUAAUCUGUAAUAAAACAGUUUAAUUAUAUGAAUAUUUAUUUGCACAAUGUGAAAUAAACAAUAAACAAUAUUUAAGUGA